AUCAUGAUACUCAAGAGAACAGUUGCAAUGUUCCAUUUCUUGACAGUUCUUCUGGUGCUGUUAAGUGUUUCCUUUUGCAAACUUGAAAUACCAUUCAAAAAAACCAUAGAGCACUUGACCGCAAAGGAAGGUUCCUGCAUUACAAUCGAAUGCACUGUCACUAAGUGGAUGAAUAAUGAACAAAAGCAAUGGUUUUGGAUAAAAAAUGCAAAGAGGAAUCACGUCAUUAAAGAUUUCACUGGUACAAUUGUAAACAGUAACACAAAGGACCAAAACCCUGCCCCUGAGUUUGCAGACAGAGUAAAAUACAUUGGUUCUGUGAAUUUUGGACCGGCCACACAAAGCGACUGCAGCCUACUCAUCAACAACCUGCAAAAGACCGACAGUGGGAUCUACAAAUUCAGAUAUAAGGGAAAGGACGGAAAAUGGAUAACAGAAGAAGUUCUGAAUCUUACAGUUGAAGAUGAUCCAUGCCAGGUUAGUGUUGAGAAGAUGAACCCAUCAAUAGUCAAAGAGUCUGAGCCUGUGACCAUUCGAUGCUCCACGUCACUGCCAUGUGGAUCAUACCCAGAGUUCACAGGGCUUGGUCAGACCGAAACGCUUCAUCAGAACUCCAAGGAUAACCGAAAAAGCACUGUGUUCAACUUUAAUGCUCGCUGGCAGGAUGAUGGGAGGGUGCUUUCCUGUCAACCACAGGGGACCAAAGACCCAUGUGUGAGCAAGAGCAUCAAGCUGACGGUUGAAUAUGCCCCUAAGGAGACGAAGGCUGAUAUAAGUUUGUCAUAUGUAAAGGAAGGAGAGUCUGUCACCCUCACUUGUUCCAGCAGAGGGCACCCCAAUGCUACAUACUCCUGGUUUAAAGACAGUCGAAAUACCACAUUUAGUGGAACAGAAUUCUUGAUCCAAUCUAUCACAUCUACACAAAGCGGGAAUUACCACUGCAAAGCUGUAAACCAACAUGGGACUCACGACUCAAACGUUGUUACAAUCAAUGUUAAAUAUGGCCCAACCAAACCAGUGCUUUCUAUGAUGCGUACAACCCAGGAGGGCCACCUGGUUAGUAUCAACUGCACCGUGCAGAGUUUCCCAGUCUCUCAGCUCACUCUGACAUGGAUCCCCCGUCCAUCUGGCUCACCUAUGUCUAGCUCCCCUCUUCACAUGCAGCCUCAACCAGUUCUUGGGUUCCUCCAACGUUCUACCAAUGUUGUCUGGGGUUCUUUUAAUGUCACAUUCCUGCAAGGAGGGGUUUACACCUGUAGAGCCCAGAACUCUGAGGGGGAUAGCAGCACAGAGCAGGAGCUGGAGGUCACUUACAGCCCCAAAAAUGUGACGGCCUCUGCUCACCCUGACACGGUCCUGACUGAAAACAGCCAGCUGGUUCUUACCUGCACUGCUCGUUCCAACCCCAAUACCACCACCUACACUUGGGUCCAGAUCAGCACAGGAGAGACCAGGAUAGUGGGGCUGGUCCAGAAGUUGACGGUGAUGUCCAUAACCCCAUCCCAUAGUGGACUGUACAGGUGCACUGCCCAGAACACCUUAGGAACUGGGCAAUCCCAACAGGUUGAAGUUAAAGUCAAGUAUGCUCCAAAGCUCACCGAGGUCAUUCACAACAUGACCAAUAGGUGGCAGGGUGAUGGGGAGAGCCCUGUGGCACUGACCUGCCACAGUCACAGUUACCCCCCUGUCAUCAGCUACAAGUGGUACAGGCUGGUCGAGGAAAGGGAGCAUUUCAUCAUCCAUCACCAGAACAUCACUGUCCACCCGGACAAGCCCGGGACGUACUACUGUGUCGCCACCAAUAACAUGGGGGGGGAAGAAUCGGAAAGAGUCCAGCUGUUUCUCAACCGAAGUGUCUUCCAUGUCCUCGCUCUAAUCCUUUCUUUCUGUUGUGUUCCGCUUGUUCUUUUACUCAUCUUUCUGGUCUACAGACACAAGAGAAACAAAUUGAUCCAGCAGGGGACAUCAAAUAAACUACCAUGUUGUGUUCACUUUGGUUUUCUGGGCUGGCGUAAUGGCACAAAUGAGAACCUGGUGAGUGAAGGGGGUGCAACAGUAGCAAACCCCCCGGGGAGCAGCAGAGAUCAGCUGUGGCCAGACGGCCCCUACCGCCCAGAGCCCCUACCCCAACCGCAGCAUCCCCAUCCCAGCAGGACGUCGUAUCCAGACAGCACGUCGACCUCUGACAUACACACUGUGUACAGUGUUCUGAAGGUAUCAGGUGGGAAACAGAGUCUUUCACCAAGCCAUCCAAUCAGAAACAAAGAUGGACACACCGAACACACACAGGAACAUGAAGUCAACAAUGCCUCGUUGCAAUUCAGGGGCCAGGAGAUGGGUAGCUUGGGUCCUAGAGACCAAGCGAGAGAGGAUGACAUCUAUGCUAAGGAUGCCAAGCCAAAACUGAAGGAAAAGACUGAUAAGUGGGAUGACUACGAGAACAUUAAGGAUGUGUGUGCUCCGAAGCCCACCAUCGAGCCAAACAUGGACAUGGAGACAGAGAGCAGUGAGGAUGAUGUGGAGAUCAGCUACCCUGAGGUCACGUUCAGAGCAAAGCCAGGACACCAGAGAGUCUGUAGUUCUCACCCUCGUUACCGCAGGGCAGGCCACAGCAGCAGCUCAGAUGAAGAAGACUACACAACCCAGUACUCUGACGUUAAAAUAUAAGAGGAAGUUUAAUUCACAGUCAAAUAAAAAUUAUUAUGGUUUAUUUUUAAAUAUCUGUAAAUAUUUGUAUCACACCUAUAUCUGGAUUGUUAGCAAUAAAAACACAUUCAAGUACUGGUAGCUGCCUUAACUGUACUGAAAUUACAAGUCAGACAAGACCACAAUAGCAGAAAACAGAAUUUAUUGACGGCAUUUCCAAGUGGGUUUGAACAUCGUGUGGUACAGU